CGGGGGCGGGGACGAUCAACUUGGGGCGCGGCGCAGCCCGGUUUUCCCGAGAGCGCGAGCCCGGGAGAGCCUCGGGCCGCGUCCAGACGGCGGGAGCGGAGCGCGACGAGCGGAGGAGGCGAGCGGCUCCCGCGCCGCAGCCCCGGCCUCGGCGAGAGCGCGAAUAUUUUUCAAACGACUCAAACUUUCCUUCUUUCCCCGCGUUCUGGGGUCUCUCUUGAAUGGAAUUGCUCUCCUGAGUCCCGCGGGGCGCCAGGGCGCGAUCGCUCCCCGAGGUUCCUCGGUGGCUGGGCUAACUUCGCGGACUCGGGACCCGUGGCUCUAGCCCCUCGGCGGAGCCCAGCCCUUCUCCCGUGCUCAGGAGGGCCAAAGCCGGGGCUUUUUGCCUCCGAGAGGACGCCCAACCCAGCCCCCUUGGGUCAGGCCGUUGAGCCCCCAGCACCAGCCGCAGGACUGGAGACAGCGGAUUAACCCGAGAGGAGCCCGGGCCUCCCCGCCCCCGUUCCGCUGAGGGUCGUCCCCUGGGCGGGGAAACGACAAGUUUGUCAGUCGUCGGUGGCCUGUUGGAUCCAAGAGCCUCCGCCUCUGCAGAGGGGUCCCUGGCGCCCAGAACACCGAGCAGACACUCCUGGAACCCGGGGAGGCUCGGCAGCCGGGCUCCGUGGGCUGGGGCGCUGGCUGCUGCGCCGGGCGCGCGGAGGCACCCGGGGCCGGCCAGCGCCCCCUGCGUCCCCACGCGGGCAGCGGCCCCGCCAGAGGAGAAACCCGGCUCGCCGCCACCGCCGCCUCCUUAGUCUCCCGGUCUCCAUCGCUGGGGCCGCCUACUCCGUCGCCUCUCCGGGAACGGGAGACGCAAGGGGCAUCGCGGGGCCCCGGCGGAUGCGCCCCCCGGCGCCUCUCGGGCUGCGCCGCCUCGCGGGGAUGAAGCACCGGCCGUGAAGAUGGAGGUGACCUGCCUUCUACUUCUGGCGCUAAUCCCCUUUCACUGCCGGGCACAAGGAGUCUACGCUCCAGCCCAGGCUCAAAUCGUACACGCAGGCCAGGCGUGUGUGGUGAAAGAGGACAACAUCAGCGAGCGCGUCUACACCAUCCGGGAGGGGGACACCCUGGUGCUGCAGUGCCUGGUCACCGGGCACCCUCGGCCCCAGGUGCGUUGGACCAAGACUGCGGGCAGUGCAUCAGACAAGUUCCAGGAGACGUCGGUGUUCAACGAGACGCUGCGCAUUGAGCGCAUCGCGCGCACGCAGGGCGGCCGCUACUACUGCAAGGCUGAGAAUGGCGUGGGUGUGCCCGCCAUCAAGUCCAUCCGGGUGGACGUGCAGUACCUGGAUGAGCCCGUGCUGACGGUGCACCAGACCGUGAGCGAUGUUCGAGGCAACUUCUACCAGGAGAAGACGGUGUUCCUGCGCUGCACUGUCAACUCCAACCCACCUGCCCGCUUCAUCUGGAAGCGGGGCUCCGACACCCUGUCUCACAGCCAGGACAACGGGGUGGACAUCUACGAGCCCCUCUACACCCAGGGGGAGACCAAGGUCCUGAAGCUGAAGAACCUGCGGCCCCAGGACUAUGCCAGCUACACCUGCCAGGUGUCUGUACGCAACGUGUGCGGCAUCCCGGACAAGGCUGUCACCUUCCGGCUCACCAACACCACGGCACCACCAGCCCUGAAGCUGUCUGUGAAUGAAACUCUGGUGGUGAACCCCGGGGAGAAUGUGACCGUACAGUGUCUGCUGACAGGCGGUGACCCCCUGCCCCAGCUGCAGUGGUCUCAUGGACCAGGCCCGCUGCCUCUGGGUGCCCUGGCCCAGGGUGGCACCCUCAGCAUCCCUUCAGUGCAGGCCCGCGACUCUGGCUACUACAAUUGCACAGCCACCAACAAUGUGGGCAACCCAGCCAAGAAGACUGUCAACCUCCUGGUGCGAUCCAUGAAGAACGCCACGUUCCAGAUCACUCCAGAUGUGAUCAAAGAGAGCGAGAACAUACAGCUGGGCCAGGACCUGAAGCUGUCAUGCCAUGUGGAUGCAGUGCCCCAGGAGAAGGUGACCUACCAAUGGUUCAAGAAUGGCAAGCCAGCACGCAUGUCCAAGAGGCUGCUGGUGACCCGCAAUGACCCCGAGUUGCCCGCCGUCACCAGCAGCCUGGAGCUCAUUGACCUACACUUCAGCGACUAUGGCACCUACCUUUGUGUGGCUUCCUUCCCGGGGGCACCUGUGCCUGACCUGAGCGUCGAGGUCAACAUCUCCUCUGAGACAGUGCCACCCACCAUCAGCGUGCCCAAGGGCAGAGCGGUGGUGACCGUGCGCGAGGGCUCGCCGGCCGAGCUGCAGUGCGAGGUUCGAGGCAAGCCGCGGCCGCCGGUGCUGUGGUCCCGCGUGGACAAGGAGGCUGCAUUGUUGCCCUCCGGGCUGCCCCUGGAGGAGACCUCGGACGGGAAGCUGCGGCUGGAGCGCGUGAGCCGAGACAUGAGUGGGACCUACCGCUGCCAGACAGCUCGCUAUAAUGGUUUCAACGUGCGCCCCCGCGAGGCCCAGGUGCAGCUGAACGUGCAGUUCCCGCCAGAGGUGGAGCCCGGUUCCCAGGAUGUGCGCCAGGCGCUGGGCCGGCCAGUGCUCCUGCGCUGCUCGCUGCUUCGAGGCAGCCCUCAGCGCAUCGCCUCGGCUGUAUGGCGCUUCAAAGGGCAGCUGUUGCCUCCGCCGCCUGCCAUUCCCAUCGCCGCCGAGGCCCCCGACCACUCCGAGCUGCGCCUCGACGCGGUCACCCGCGACAGCAGUGGCAGCUACGAGUGCAGCGUCUCCAACGACGUGGGCUCUGCUGUCUGCCUGUUCCAGGUCUCGGCCAAAGCCUACAGCCCGGAGUUUUACUUCGACACCCCCAACCCCACCCGCAGCCACAAGCUGUCUAAGAAUUACUCGUACGUGCUGCAGUGGACCCAGAGGGAGCCCGAUGCUGUUGAUCCUGUGCUCAACUACAGACUCAGUGUCCGCCAGUUGAAUCAGCACAACGCCAUGGUGAAGGCCAUCCCGGUGCGGCGUGUGGAGAAGGGGCAGCUGCUGGAGUACAUCCUGACCGACCUCCGUGUGCCCCACAGCUACGAGGUCCGCCUCACGCCCUACACCACUUUUGGGGCCGGAGAUAUGGCCUCCCGUAUCAUCCACUACACGGAGCCCAUCAACUCUCCCAACCUGUCAGACAACACCUGCCACUUUGAGGAUGAGAAGAUCUGUGGCUACACCCAGGACCUGACAGACAACUUUGACUGGACCCGGCAGAACGCCCUCACCCAGAACCCCAAACGCUCCCCCAACACAGGUCCCCCCACUGACAUAAGUGGCACCCCUGAGGGCUACUACAUGUUCAUUGAGACAUCAAGGCCUCGGGAGUUGGGGGACCGUGCGAGGUUGGUGAGUCCCCUGUACAACGCCAGUGCCAAGUUCUACUGCGUCUCCUUCUUUUACCACAUGUACGGGAAACACAUUGGUUCCCUCAACCUCCUGGUGCGGUCCCGGAACAAAGGGGCCCUGGACACGCAUGCUUGGUCCCUCAGUGGCAAUAAGGGCAACGUGUGGCAGCAGGCGCACGUGCCCAUUAACCCCAGCGGGCCCUUCCAGAUUAUUUUUGAGGGGGUUCGAGGCUCGGGCUACCUGGGGGACAUCGCCAUUGAUGACGUCACACUGAAGAAGGGAGAGUGUCCCAGGAAGCAGAUGGAUCCCAAUAAAGUGGUGGUGAUGCCGGGCAGUGGAGCCCCCUGCCAGCCCCGCCCGCAACUCUGGGGGUCCAUGGCCAUCUUCCUCUUGGUGUGGCAAAGAUGAUGAGAGCUUCCUGGCUCCCCGCCCCGCCCCCGGCACACCAAAGUGUCCGCAUCGUACCAAAGACUGACCCCCCGCCAGCCGGGGUGCCAAGGGGCAGGGUUGCCUGCCAGGGAGGGGGCCUGAAUUGGCUGCGAGGACGUGCAGAUCACAAGGACAGAGGCCCCGCACCGAGGCCCCGGAGACGGUCGUUCGACACAUGCGCACACACACACACCCACACUCACACACAGAGAUAUAUUAAAGCACAAGUUUCUAUCCGACCUGCCAGCACCUUCUUUACUGCAGAGACAGGGGACUCGCCUGAAUGGCAUCUGCCACCCCAGGGACCUCGGCGCCAUGUAGGCCUUGUCCUGGCUGCACCGGUGGUGUGUUUCUGACCCUCCUCUGUCCCUGACUCAAGCCUGAGCUCAGCCCAGCGGCUUUACCAGGAAGAGCCAGAAGGGGAGCAGACACGGGAGCCCUGCCCUUGGCUGGACUCUGGGACUCCCUGGGAUGGGGGAGGCCAGGGUCAGAGGGCGCCUGACUCUGUGAACUCUGUGGCUGUCCCCUGCAGGGGACAAGGGAGAUGAGGCACCAGCUGCACACAACUCUGUGCCCAGAGUGAAGCCAGAAGCUGGAGGGCCCAGCUUCACUCAGAUCCCCUGAACCAUCCCUGGGAUGUCAUAUUCCCCCUCACUGUGCCCCCUUCAAAGGGACCCGGUGCAGGGUCUUGCGCCUGGGCAGUGUGAAGACUGACCUCGUCCCCCCCUGCCCAUCCCACUGCGCCCCAUCCUACAAGCUGCUGGAUUCCUGAGAGCACAGUCCCCACCCUGGCUGGCCCAACCUCAGUCCCCAGCUGCAUCUCUGAGGAGCCAAGGGGCCAAGGGGGCAGCCAGGCCAUUUUCUGGGGUGAGGCUUGACUUGGAGAGGAGCAGAGAAGUCCUGCUUUUGUGAUUUCCUGCCCCCCUGUUGGUCUUUGACUUUAGGAGUAGAGCAGAGCCUCGCCGUGACAGGGCGCUCUGCGUGGGGCUUCGGGGGCUGCCCUGUCCUCCACCGCAAAGUGCUAACUAGUUGGCUCUUCCCGCCCCCGCCCAGGCUCAUGGAACGAGGAUGGGUGUGUAGAGCUGAGGGUGGCGUGGGGGGCAGUGGCUGGUCACCAUGCUCCCUGGGAGCUGAGCCAUGUGGCCCAAGCAGGGAGAGAAAGGGCUCUGUGCCCUUAGGUCCUGGAUUGGGAGCCCAUGACAGGACCUAGACCUCCUCCUCGCCAUCACCCCUGAGCUCCUUCCCCGCCGUCCACAGGGGAGAGGGGGCCCAGCCCCUUCCAGGAUGAGUCGUCACAUGUGUGUGCAGGUGGCCAUGUGUCUGUGCGUGUGUGUAUGUGUGAGCAUAUGUGUGGCCCAACUAUUGCCUGUGUACAUCUCUGGCAGGAGUGUGUGCCAAUAUGCCUCUGCGUGUGCAGUUAUACAUACGUGGGGCACUCUGUGAGUGCCUGUGGUCAGCGUGUGUGCCCGUCCUCCCAAGUGACAUGAAUGACUGUGCAGUGCCAGCAAGUUUACCACUUCAGCCAGGUUCUCUAGUCUCAAGCCACCCUCCACCACCUGAAUUUCACCCUUAUGGGUGAGCUUACAGAGGACCCUGUGGAAAGGCCAGCACCUUUGGUGGGAGUGUCACAAGGCUCCUCCUGGAGCAUCUGAUGGGGACAGCUGCAGAGAAGAGCCAGCACUGCAAUGCCGGGAGGCCGGCAGGAAACCAAAGCAAACGCUGCCCAUCUCGGCUCUGCCAGGCCUGUGUUAUCAUCAUCACCAACAGCUGGUGGGUGACCAGGCCAGGGCUGGAGGGGGCCGCUUGAUACCCGACCAGUGCCGCUGCUGUCCCGGCCCAGCCAAGGCCUCUGUCUGAAAUGAGCGGCUCCAGGUUCCCAGUAUGUGCUUCCAUCUGCAGGUCCUGUUCCUUAACUGCCCCAUCUGUGCAGCGUCUGUUUGCCCCAACUAGACUGUGAGCUCCUCCUCUGAGCCUUCCAGCCCUCUCCCUCACCCCUUCCCAACCUCGCACCCGGCGCCAGUGGGCCUGUUAGGGAAAUCACUCAGCGGGCCUCACCCAGCAGAAUGGAUGAUGUGGGUCCGUGGUUCCCAGCCAGGCUGCAGAGUAGAACUACUAGAGAGUCUUUUCAAGAGCACCAAGGCUUGGGGCCCUCCCUAGGAGUUCCAGUUUAAUUGCGCUGGAGCGCAGCCUGGCGUCAGAGGUGUUUAAAGCUCUGGAGAGCAGGAACCACCAGCCUAUCACCUGCCAGGUUUGUCCUCCGUGCCCUCGCUGGGGCGGGCGCUGGGGACCGGGGGCUCCGAGUGCCCCGUGCCUACUGCCCUGAGAUGGCCUCGGAGUACAUCUGUACCCUGCUUUGGCUGCUCCGUGAUGGGGACCCUGUCUCCCUUGUUCACCUCCACAUCUGCAGAGCUGGGCACAGAAAAGGGACUUGGAUGUCAGCUGAACCGAGCCGAGCAUUCUCGGCCCCUGAGCUCCUGGUCUGUUUGGAGAGAGGUGAUAUGGUCACAGAGAGUGCCGGGCAGGGAAACAACAGGGAACAUUGCCAGAGAGACGUUGAGGUGAACCGACUUGAGGGUGGCUUGACCUGGGCUGACGAGGUGUCUGAGUGAGCCACUGAGGUCCUUGUCCUCACUUGUGUCUGUGCGUGCCGGCAGGCCUGCAGGGGUGUGGGUGUCAUUGUGUGCUGACAGCAGUGUGUGGUGUGAGCGUCGAGGGGUGUGCUAUCCUCUGUGAGUGGGUGUGUGUGUGUGUGGAGGGGGGUGGAGGCCUGCAAGGAAUGAGUUUUUGGGUGCCCGUGGGUGAUUUGUGAGACAGUGUCUGUGUGUCUGUGUGUGCCUGGGAGUCAGUGUCACCUGUGCCGUGUGUGUCUUUGUGUCGGUAGGUGGCCCAUGAGGACCCCCAGCCCAAGGGAGACCAUACUGGCUGGAUCCAGUGCUUCUCCCCAAGGGCAGUCUCGCCCUCUGGGUUAGGGUGGCUGAGGCAUUUUGUGGCCUUAAAACAGGGAGCCCAGGGUUAGCCCUCAGGUCCUCCACUCCUGUCGCCUCCAGGUUGGUGUCUGGGGGACAAAGAGAUGCCUAGGGCCAGGUUCUGUGUAGGUAGAUGAGGAGGCUCAGCUUGGCUGUCCUGCCCCCGGGACCACAGGCAGCCCCUUCCACCUCUGCCCUCUGGACUGGGGGGUGCUGACUGCUCGUUCUCAUUCACUCCCCUUUCCCAUGCUCCGCGAAAGCCCUGACUCAGGCUGCCGGUGCUUGGAUUGGCCUCAGAGGUCAGAACGUCUCAUGGUGCCAAUGAGAGUGAAGCAGAGGGGCGAGGGGGAUGGGGGCGACUGGCCAGGUCAGUCAUGUAGCCAGUGAAGGUAGGGCCAGCCCUGGCAGCCAGCUACCACAGCCCUGGCCCCUGGCCCUGGGGUCUCCUGCCAGGAAGCAAGGAGGAGCUUGGUCAAACCGCACCGUCCUCGGUCCUGGUAUGGAUGUUACAGAUGUUGCUGCACCUGUCCCCCCCCCCCAAAGGUACUGUCUCCCUGCCUCCACUUCUGGCCUGACAUCCCAGGCACAGCCCCUCCUGCCCCAGGUCACAGAGCUGAAGGCUGCCACCCUUCACCCACACUGGCUGUAGCUGCUGCCCCUCCCCCAGGUGCCCCAGGAAAGGGGCUCUGGGUCCCCUCCUCUCUGUCCUCACUGGCACCUGGCCUGGGAAUGAGGUCGGGGUGUCGUGGUAUCCUCAUCCUGUUGACCUCCCGCUAAGGGCCAGGGGAGCAGGGGCUAAUCCUUGUGUUUUCCUCUCUCUGGACAGUGCAAGGGGGUUGCGGGGGGGGAAGGGGGCAGGAAUGAGGUGGGUGAGUGUGCCCUGGAGGGGCACUGGUUCUUCCCGGUUCCAAAGGGAGUAUAGCAGUCCCCCCCCCCCGUUGAGUCUGUGCAUUUGAGAGGCUGUCGUGUGUGUACAUAUGAGAGUGUGUGUGUGAAAGAGAGGGUGUAUGUGUGUGUGAGAGGGAGAGUUGUGUGAGGGUGUGUGUAUGUGUGAGGGUGUGUGUUGGGGCAGAAGGACCACUCUUUCCUGGGGACCCCUUAACCCUUAGAGCUGGCAGGGACCUCGGAGACCAUCUAAUCCAGCGCCCCCACUGCACAGGUGAGAAAGCUGAGGUCCUGAGAGCUAGCACUUGCCCACCACUGCCCCCUCUCCUCAUGUCACCUGCAUACAUCUCCCAGGGCCCCACUGGGAAUGCCCUCCCUCCUGGUGCCCCUCCCCACCAGCCACUUACAUAAUCAGCAUCUCAGCCCAACUCUGCUGGCCCCUCUGCCCCGUGUCCCCAAGCAUCCUUCCUGCCCCAGGGUAGCCAGUUCACCAAGGCCUUUAUCCCCAUCCCAGGACAAGGGGCAGGGGAAGGAGGGGACCGGUCCAGCCCUGAGGCCUCAAAGACUUGGGAGAAAGCCAACCCCUCCGUGCCCAGACCCACCCCACCACCAAGGUAAAAGCACAACAGGAGACCCUCACUAAUGGGUGAAACGGAUUGGGGUUGUUUUGGUCACACGACCCCAUCCUCACCCCUUUGCCUUGCUCUCUGUCUCCACUCUGUUCCCCUUUCAUCCCCACACCCCCUAGAUGUAACCUCUAGUUGCGGACGCAGUUGUUUCAAUCAAUAAAGCUGCAGUGUUCUAGA